AUGACUGAAGUCCUCCCGCCUACGGGAAGCGCCGGACCUGCUGCUGGCAUAACAUCUGUCGCUCGGCCUUUGCCUGAUCAAAUCCCAGAGAAUGCUCCAGAGCACUGCCCAGGUGUCGAAUCAGACGCCGCUGGUCAUGCUAAUGCGUGCCAAGGCUGUCCGAAUCAAAACCAUUGCCAAACAGCUCCAAAAGGUCCAGACCCUGAUCUUCCUAUCAUCCGUGAGCGCAUGAAGUGCAUCAACUCUAAGAUCCUUAUAUUGAGUGGAAAAGGCGGCGUGGGCAAAAGCACGUUCACAUCGCAGCUUGCUUGGGCCUGUGCUAGCGAUCACGCCACACAAACGGCCGUGCUCGAUAUCGACGUGUGUGGGCCAUCUAUUCCGACAAUUUUAGGUCUUAGGAACCAGUAUGUACACGCUUCUUCAUCGGGCUGGACACCUGCUUUUGUGUCGGACAACCUGUCGUGUAUGUCUGUCGAGUUCCUUCUUCCGUCCAGUGAAACAGCCAUCAUUUGGCGUGGACCAAAAAAGAACGGCUUGAUCAAGCAAUUUCUUAAAGACGUAGACUGGACUGGUGGAAUGGAUGAGCUGACAAGUGACAAGUGUCUUAUUGACUACCUGCUCGUUGACACGCCACCAGGUACGACGGACGAGCAUCUAUCAAUUGUUGGCUUCCUACGCGAGUCUGGCAUUGACGGGGCCGUCAUCAUCACGACGCCUCAGGAAGUGUCUCUUCAGGAUGUUCGCAAGGAGAUCUCUUUUUGCAAUAAGAUGCAUGUGCCGAUCAUUGGCGUCGUGGAAAACAUGGCUGGGUUCGUGUGUCCUACUUGCCAUACACGCUCCGACAUCUUUUAUCCAUCGACUGGUGGCGCACAAGCUCUGUGUGAUGAGCUUGGACUUACAUUUCUCGGAAGUGUCCCCAUUGACCCACGCAUCGCAAGGUGCUGUGACGUGGGAGAAAGCUUUGUGGAAGAGUAUCCCGAGAGCCCAGCAAGCGAGGCAUACCUCUCGAUUAUUGCCAAGAUCAAGGAACGUGUGGCGCAAAAGGGCACAUAA